GGUCGGCCAGCCGAGCGUCCCUGGAAACCAUUUCUUUGUCGUCCUCGAACGGUCCUCAGUCGCCCCAACCCUUCUUGGAUGAGCCCUUAGAGAAGGUGGACGUGCCCCUGGACGAAAAUGAGAACCUGAAAGAGGAUGAGGGUCAGUGUAUGUUUGUCGACCACGUUCACCCCAAUCAAGUACCUUCAGAAAGGAAGGAGCAAGGCCGAAAAAAGUCGUGGACUCCCAUCGAAUUCUUCAGUUACGAUAAAGAAGCCAACCAGGGAAAGGUUGAAGAUCCGGCGUUACCCUUGGAACCUACGGAGAUAUUCAAGAGAAAACCUCGGAGCCCCAUCAAAUAUGUCAGUGACGAUAAAGAUGACAUGCAGGCUAGGGUUGACAAACCUGCCAUCCCCUUGGAAUCUUCAGAGAAACUCAAGAAAAAGGGCAGAACCCCCAGCAAAUUCAUCUGUUCCGACAAUAAGGGCGACCGGGGUAUGGUCGGUGAACCCGAGUUACCUAGAGAAUCUUCCGAGAAGUUCAAACGCAAGCCCAGGGUCCCCAUCAAAUUCGUCAUAUCCGACGAUGAGGACCGCCAGGAUAUGGCUGAUGAGCCUAAGGUACCCUUGGCACCUUCAGAGAUAUUUAAGAAGAAACCCAGGACCGCCGUCAAAUUUAUCAGUCCCGAUAACGAAGAAAAUCAGGAUAAUGUCGAUGCAGGGUGGAACGAGUUGCGAAACCUGAGGGAUGAGGAAGAAUGCAAGAGGUAUGGGCUUGACAAGUUGGGUUUGAGCUUCAAUGUCGAUCCCACACAACAAUACGGUUACCAUGGUUUUCGCCGCAAACUGAUGGCCGAGCAAUUCGGGAUUGGUAGAGAAUGGUCCGACGCCGUCCGAAAAUCUAUCAGAGAUCGAUCCUCAUUAAUGAUCCAAAAUGGGGUGUUAAGGAACAUUCAUGGCGACAGAACAUCCCCUGUUGAAAUUGUUGGCAGCAAACGUGGACGAGAUCGCAAUUCUUGGGAGGAACCUCCGACCAAGAGAAUCCGGUUUAGUGACUUUGAGCAAGAAUUUUUGAAAACAAUCUACGAACUAAAGUUCCCGUUGAUGGCACCAGGAGAAAAGGAAGCUCGUCGACAAGUUCUCAACUGGGAGCGAUAUCUCCGCCAUUUUCGGGACGGAAUGGCCGAAUCCGAGUUAUUUCUCCGGUUCUACGACAAAUCAGCGAGAUUGAGCGAACAAGAAUGCCGAGCGAAUAUCGAUACAGAAAUGCUGUAUUACCAGUUCACUCAAUUUUACGGCGUGAACCCAGAAGUCUCCUGCAAGGAUUGUACUUAUUAUGAGCGAUCACUGUCCCUUGUGAAACACCCUUUUUAAACUGAUAAGUUGUCCCGUCAUUCUUUUUUUUUUUUUUCGUGUUUAUCGGUAAAUUAAGAGUAAUGCAUAUAUGUUUUUCCAUUCAUAAACAAGCUAUGUGGUUUUUUUCGUUUUAGAGAGAGGGCUUUUCGUGACUGUACCCCUUCGAACAAGCUAUACAAAAGCUGGUUCAGCGAGAUAAUAAGGGACUCAGAAUAACGUCACAUACCUAAAACAAGUUAAAAACAUCGUUAGUAUGGAGUCAAAUUGAGAAUUUUGAACCAGCUUACUUGACGAGAUCGCUUCAAUGAUAAUAUCGAAUACCGAUUUGUCAAAAUGAAUUCAGAUUACCUCUCUUAGAUGGUUUUUAACUUCUUUUGGUUAAAAGGUUUUAUGGAACUGAGAUCAAAGGUUCGGUUAAAUUUAUUUCUAUUUUUUUUCGUUGGAUCUUGUUAGGGGGGUUUGUUUCUAUAUCACAUUCGGACGAGGAAAAUGCACAACGCAAUCAGACCAAUCACGGCUCUUGUUCCCAGUUUUCCAAACGAUUUUGAUUCAUGUUGUCCAGGAGCCAUUUUUGACUCUCCAAUCCUGGACGACAAUUGCUCACGAAUAGUUUUUUCGUGUCGGCAUUGAUAUCCAGACACCUUUGAUUUCCAUAAUGGCGGAGGAGCUGGGUCUCCUGGCAAUAGAAGCACAAAAAUGAUUGAGCAAUACACCGUAAACACAACGCAAAAAAAAACGUUUGUAUGAUUCUGAAGUUCCAAGACUCGACUAGAGCCACUGUAAUAGAACUAUAGUGGCUCUAGACUCGACAAUGAUUGAAACUUUAGCGCACAAUGAGCAACAACUUACCGGAUAAUAGCGCCAUAACUGAUUGCCUUUUCCUCCAUGACAGGGAUAAGGCAUAACUGGAGCUUCAUCGCCUCCCUGAGAGACAUCCCAACACAUGGAAUGCGACACGUAAGUCCGGAUGUCUUUGUGCCAAUUCAAAAUGAACUUUUGCCGCGACGAGCCAUCACAUUCCGAUACGAAAAACCUGGAAGGAACUUUCAAGGCUAGCCAGGCUCAUUGCAUUGAUUUCUCAAGUUAAUAACUUACGGCUCAUUGCUGGAACCGGCUGUGGCACAUAAGUUUGAAUACUGGACGUUCUUGAUGAAUCCAUGGGCGUAAUCAUCGGGUUCCACGGGUGGAUAAUGUUUGGGCUGGUCAAAGGCCACGUUUUCCAUGAACCAUUUGAACGAUUUGCAUUGCAAUCGCUCCCUUAAAGCCUUUUGUUUGGAUAUAUCUCCUAUGUGGACAUAGUUUGAAAGAGAUUGA